AUGUUGGCUUCCCGUACUUUUGCCCGUUCUAUGGCCACCGCCGCCAAGUCCGUCAAGCCUCCUAUCCAAUUGUUCGGUGUGGACGGCACUUACGCCAACGCCUUAUACACGGCCUCUGCUCAGCUGUCUUCCAUUGACGCUUCCUACGAGGGAUUGACCAAGCUCGCCAACUUGAUUAAGGAGGACCCAAAGGUCAACGAAUUCUUGACCAACCCAGCCUUGUCUAAGGACGACAGAAAGACCGUCAUCGACACCCUUUCGUCCAACUUGAAGUUGGACAAGACCGUGACCAACUUCUUGGGUGUUUUGUCUGAGAACAACAGAUUGAGCGAGUUUAACGCCAUCUACAAGAACUUUGGCUUGUUGUUCGACGCCUACAAGGGUGUUGUUGAGGCCACCAUCACCUCUUCCAAGCCAUUGGACUCCAAGAUCUUGAAGAGAUUGCAAGCUGCCAUCCAGAAGUCUUCUUUUGUUGGUGAGGGUAAGACCUUGAAGGUUUCCAACCCAGUCAACCCAGACAUUUUGGGUGGUUUGGUUGUUGAAGUUGGUGACAAGACUGUCGACUUGUCUGUUGCUUCCAAGGUUGCCAAGUUGAACCAGGUCAUUGGUGAGGCUUUGUAA